AUGUUGCCAAAGAACUAUCCAAAAACAAGCACAAAACGAAGAGAAUCACAGAAUGUUCCGCCACCACCAUUGGAAAAUGUUCCUCCAAUAAUGCAUCAACCCCGCGAUCGUCGAAACAAGGACACCACCAGAAGUGUGAUGCAAACAGUCGAAGAACCACCAUCCAAUCAAUUCAAAAGAAAUACGAACAUGCUUCCCCCAAAGACUCAAAUGUUGCCAGUAAACCCUAGCCAAAAUCAAUAUCCUAUCCCGCCGCCGGCUCACUCUCCAAUGAACAAUUUCCAACAGAACAACUAUCCGAAAGAACUUCCUGCCAAAACCAUGAUGCUGCCUCCAACCCCGAUGGUUCCAAUUCAAGCAGCUCCACAGUCUCCUGCGAGAACUCAGAUGGUUUCAGUGACUCCAAUGGCGAACUCUACACGCCCGUCUCAAGGAUUCAACCCGUAUAACCCACCUCCUCCACUCCCUACACCAAUGACACCAAUGCAACAACCACCCCAACAGCCACCAUCACCGUAUGCACGUACACCAAAAAACACAAACGCGUCUGUUGGAACUCUGAUGCCCGUUGCUCAAUUACCAGCCAUCACCGCUUCAACUCCAUCUAAUCUUCCGCCGCCUCCACCAACAGCGCCAGCCCCAGUAUAUCAACCAUCUGCAGAACUUUUCAAAAAGUCAAAGGAGAAAGGUGGAACGAUAGACGAGGCAGAAGCUUCUGAGAAAGCUAAGAGGAAGGAAAUGAUAAAUAACUGGAUCCGACAAGUGUUGACAAAUGGGAUUGAGGGAUUGAAAAAGGAGUACAAAGAUGCACCAAACGGAGGUACUAUCGAACAGGCUCAAGUGUUCCACAACAAUCCGACUCGGAAUCGGUAUACCAAUAUUCCAUGUUGUGAUGCAACACGUGUCAAGUUGGAUGGAGAUCCCAAUUUUUAUAUUCAUGCAAAUGUAGUCAGCUCCGCGCAGAACCGUCGUUUCAUAUGUGCUCAGGCUCCGUUGGCUGGAACUGUGGAAGAGUUUUGGAAGAUGAUAAUCUUCUCGGGACUAGAAUUGAUUGUGAUGCUUUGUGAAUUCGUGGAGACAGGCAAACAAAAAAGUGCUGUUUAUUUUCCGGCCAAAGUAGGAGCUUCGAUGAAGAUUGGGAAGCUGUGCACAGUUACUAAGAUUUCCAGUGAGAGUGUAAGAUUUAUUUUUUCAAUUCGAGAUUUUCAAUUAGUUCUUCAGCUCGACAAAACUUUGACAAUGUCAACGUUACGUAUAACGAAAAAGGACAAACAAGAUGCUACGUUGACUGUGAAGCACAUCCACUGGCACAAUUGGCCAGACCAUGGAGUUCCUGAUAAUUUUAUAUCUCCAUUGCGUCUUUUGAAUCUCUACAGGGCCAGCCCAAAACCGAUCAUUGUCCACUGCUCCGCUGGUGUAGGUCGAACAGGAACUCUCGUUCUGAUCUUCAUAAUCCUGGAGUCGUUCAGUCUCCCGGAUUUUGCUGGUGUUCCACGUCUUCUCGCAAAACUUCGAGAAGAAAGAUUCAAAUCGAUUCAAACGGAGAUGCAGUACUUGUACGUUCAUCGAUGCGUACUAGAGUAUUUGGUCUACAAAAAGUAUCAACAUUCGAAAGAGGACUAUGCAAAGUUUGUCAAGGUAAGUUCUAGAAAGUUCUCUAUUCUCAAAAGGGAUUGGUUUCAGCAUUACAAAGCAGCUGAGAAGACUGCGGCAUAA